GAGCGUCCACUCAGCGGAGAUGGCGAGUGGAGGAGUAUCUGUGGCUUCGCUUUGGACCGAAGUGAACCGCUGCGGACAGAAUGGAGACUACACCAGAGCCCUCAAAGCUCUCACUAAAAUUUUACACGAAAACAGGGACGAUGUGACGGCACUGCACUGUAAAGUGGUUUGCCUUAUCCAGAAUGGGAGCUUCAAAGAGGCGCUAAAUGUGAUGAACACCCACUCAAAGGUGCUCGGCAGUGAGGUGGUGUUUGAGAAGGCGUACUGCGAGUACCGGCUGAACAGAGUGGAGAGCUCCCUGAAGACCAUCGAGAGUGCUCCUGAGCAGACAGACAAGCUGAAGGAGCUUUACGGUCAAGUGUUGUACAGACUGGAGCGCUACGAUGAGUGCAUGUCUGUCUACACGGAUCUGAUCAGGAACUCCCAGGACGAGUACGAGGAGGAGAGGAAGACCAACCUCGCCGCUGUGGUGGCUGCAAUGAGUCAGUGGGAGAAGGCUCCAAUGGAAGAUCUGGGUCUGCCUGAGUCAACGUAUGAGCUCUGCUACAAUGCUGCCUGUUCUGUGAUUGGCCAAGGAAAGCUUACAGAGGCCCUCAAUAAACUACAGCAAGCAGAAGAACUUUGCAGAGUCUCACUGGCAGAUGAUUCUGAUAUGACUGAGGAGGACAUCCAGUCGGAGCUGGCCGUCAUCCAUUCUCAGAUGGCGUACGUCAUGCAGUUGCAGGGUCGCACAGAUGAGGCUCUGCAGCUCUACAACCAGGUCAUCAAGCUCAAGCCAUCUGACGUGGGGCUGCUUGCUGUGACUGCCAACAAUAUCAUCACCAUAAACAAGGACCAAAACGUGUUUGACUCAAAGAAAAAGGUGAAGCUGACAAAUGCUGAAGGUGUUGAAUACAAGCUGGCAAAGAAACAGCUGCAGGCCAUUGACUUCAACAAAGCCUUGCUGGCCAUGUACACUAACCAGGCUGACCAGUGCAGGAAGCUGUCAUCCAGUCUUCAAGCUCAAAAUCCAGGACAUCCACGGCCGGUCCUUAUCCAGGUGGCUCAGCUGUCCAGAGAGAAGCAGCACAGCAGGGCCAUAGAGCUGCUCCAGCAAUUCUCCGAUCAGAAUCCAGAGAGUGCGUCUGGCAUCAAACUGACAAUGGCACAACUCUAUUUAGUACAAGGUCAUGUGACAAAAGCCUGUGAUGUCCUGAGGUCCAUUGAAGAGUUCAAGCACAAACCAGGGAUGGUUUCAGCUCUGGUAACAAUGUACUCCCAUGAAGAAGACAUCGACAGCGCCAUCGAUGUUUUCAAACAAGCUAUUGAGCAUUACCAGUCUGAACAGCCUGGAUCUGCUACACAUUUGGCUCUUGUAAGAGAAGCUGCCAAUUUCAAGCUGAAGUAUGGGCGGAAAAAAGAAGCCAUUAGUGAUCUGGAGCAGCUGUGGAAACAAAACACCAAGGACGUCCACACAUUGGCACAACUCAUCUCUGCAUAUUCUCUAGUGGACACGGAUAAAGCCAAAUCGCUCAGCAAACACCUACCGUCUGCAGACACCAUGUCUUUCAACGUGGACGUUGACGAGCUGGAGAAUUCCCACGGAGCCACAUACGUCAGGAAAAAAGCCGCUAAAGUCGUGGGAGAAAACCCUCCCAAAGAACAAGGCCAUGGUGAAAUCAAAAAGAAGAAGAAGAAAAAGAAAGGAAAAUUGCCCAAGAACUAUGACCCCAAAGUGACCCCUGACCCCGAGAGGUGGCUUCCUAUGAAGGAGCGCUCCUACUACAGAGGGAAGAAGAAGGGCAAGAAGAAGGAUCAAAUAGGAAAAGGCACACAGGGAGCGACGGCAGGAGCUUCAGCAGAGCUGGAUGCAAGUAAGACUGCCAGCAGCCCCCCUACCUCACCGAGACCAGGGUCUGCGUCCGGCUCUUCUACAGCCCCCGCCAGCGGCGUAGUUCCCCCACGACAGCAGAAACCGUCGUCCUCAGGCGCCACUCGCAAGAAAGCACCACAAAAGAAGAAGAAAGGAGGCAAAGGAGGCUGGUAGACAGUGGGAAGCAAUGUGAGGAAGAAGGCUGUUGAAAUCUGAGCAGCAGAGAAUUUAGAAGCUUUUUUUUUUCCUUCGUUUUUUUUAAAAUUCAGUUUUAUUUUUUUUCUUUUAUUUUUUCUGUUCAGGUCAUUUGAUCAAACCAAAAUCCUCCCCGCUGCUCAUCGACACCAUGAAUCUGAUUUUUUUUACAAAGUAAAGGAGAAAAAGAAGAGUUGACGAUUUAAAGGACAGUUCCACUGAAAUUGACUUUUUGUUGCUCUGCAAAACCAGCAUUUGUUUUCACUGAAUCAAUAACACCACAGAUAUCCAUAUUCUCAUUAAAUGUCCAUUGAAUUGUCUUCUUGGCUGCAUAUUUCUACACCUUAACAGCUGCACUGUAUUUAGCAUUUUUCUUUAUUUUUAAGCAAAAACAAAUUCUGAUCAAUCAAAAAUGAAUUAAGUGUUUAAAUCAUGUAUGCAUUAAGGAGCUCAGUCAUGUCUUUAUUGCAUUUUAAGCAUUGUUAAAUACUCUUAAAACAGCGGGUAUCCUUCAUUAGAAUUAGGGGAGUUAUAAAACUGCUUUUGCAGAGUAACUCAAAGUUCAGAAUUUAGGGUAAUGGUGCUUAAACCUGUUGAGUUUCAGUAUUAGCGUGUCCAGCUCCACCUGACAGUUUCACCUUUCUUUAAUAUUUCAAUGUAUUUUCAGUUAGCUACAGUAAAGUAACAGAUAUUUAUUUUUGAAUUUAUUUGUCUGAAUUCAAGCAAAAGGAUUCUGAUUCUGUCACAUGCAUGUGUUCAGAAAGACACUAUUUUGGCCAAACAGGUUUCCAUUUUGUUAAGUCUAAAUAAAACUGAACAGCGAUG